AAUGGCAACCACAGGUAGUAACGUGUCUAAGCGUCUUGUCCAGUAUGUAGUGGUGCGGUCGGACCUAGUGCAUGCGUUGUCCUGGCCCUUGGGAGCGGUUAUAACCCAGGCUUGUCACGCUGCUACCGCUGCCAUUCAUUUGAAUUACAGCGACCCUGACACACAGGAGUACUUGGCUGAGCUGGACAACAUGCACAAAGUGGUGUUGCAGGCCCCGGACGAGUCAUCGCUGUCCAGCUUGUCAAAUACUCUGACGGAAAAAGGAAUUGCCCACAAACUUUGGGUGGAACAGCCAGAAAACAUCCCCACCUGUCUUGCACUGAAGCCUUACUCCAAAGACAUAGUGCAGCCUUUUCUACGCAAGUUCAAGUUGUUCAAAUGACACUGUGGAUAUCCCAAGUCGCUAACACAGAAAUAAUCAUGCUUCAGUUAGUGUAUGCGUGCACAUACAUCUUACAGAAAAUUGCAUUAUUUGCAUCCACUAACUCAGGAUACACUGACUUCAUGUGAAUGCUGACUUGUCUUUUUAUAAGUAGCCUAAAUGGUGACUAAACACAGUGUCCAUCCAUUGGAUGGAUGACAUGGAUUAUAAACAUCCUAUUGGUGUGAAGUUGUUUAACGACUGCCCCUAAGUUGUGCAUCAUUAUGUUUUGGCUUUCUAGUGUAUGCAGUGUGUCCUCAUAAGAUGUCCACAGUGGAAAAAAGGGGAAGCUCUGUGUUUUGCUUGAAAUACCUACAUUUAGUAAAAAAAAAACAAAAAAACAGUGAAGUUCGGUUCACAGAGUCAGGGAGAAAAUGUGAAUGUUUUAAGUGGUACAUUCAGGAAAUUCCAUUUGAUAAAAAGGUGAUGUGUGUUCAGUUCUUUUUCUGUCCCUACAAAGAAAGACAAGAUUGUUAUCUCAUGGACUCACCGUUUUUCCUCGGAGCUUAGGGACAUGCAAAUGUUUGUAGCCCCUCUCUUCCAAAACCACAAAAAUAAAUAUAUUUAAAAAAG